UCUUUGUAGAUCUCUCUCUCUCCCUCUCUCUCUCUCUCUCCCUCUCUCUCUCUCUCUCUCUCUCCCUCUCUCUGUAAGAGAGUGUAAGUGUAAGAUGUUGCUGCUGCUGUGCUUCUCCUUACUGCUGCAGCAGGUCAGCAGUGCUCAGGCUGGGGGGAAGGUGAAGACCGUCUCUGUGCAGCAGGUCAGUGGAGCUGUGGGGAAGGUGAAGUCUGCAGGUCUGAAGUCAGUGAAGCCUGAUGCAGGAAACAUAGAGCUGGUUCUGCAUGGUGUUGGAGGUUCUGAGCGUGUGCAGUUCUGCACUUGGCCGUGUAAGUGCGGUCCGAGGCCGAGGUGCGCUCCGGGGGUCAGCGCCGUGCUGGACGGCUGCGGCUGCUGUAAGAGCUGCGCACGACAGAUCGGAGAAUCCUGCAACGAGCGUGACGUGUGUGAUCCACACAAGGGCAUGUACUGUGACUUCUCACGGGACAAACCACGCUUCCAGCUUGGGGUGUGUGCAUACAUGAUGGCAGUGGGUUGUGAUCUAAAUGGAGUUCACUAUGAGAAUGGUGAGGCGUUCCAGCCCUCUCCUCUGUAUAAGUGCACGUGUAUUGGCGGAGCUAUCGGAUGUAUGCCCGUGUUUAUCCACAAACCGGCGGCCAUGUUGGCGCCCGCACCCUUACAGAGCAACGUGGCGCCCGCUGGGUUACGGGCCAAAACACCACAGGACACGGCAUACAGGAGCAUGUCAGCUUACAGGGCUCCUCCUUUAGUGAAGACGAGUGGAUGUGUAGUUCAGACGACGCCCUGGUCUCCCUGCUCACGCUCCUGCGGCUUCGGGAUCUCCGUCCGCAUCUCCAACCACAACACCAAGUGUGACAUGACGAAAGAGCGCCGCCUGUGUCUGCUGCGCCCCUGCGACAAAAAGAGCCUGAAGAGCUUCAAGAUCCCAGUGGGGAAAUCCUGCAAGCCGGAGUUCCAGGCGAGGACGGCGGAGAAGUUGACUCUGUCAGGCUGCACGAGCAGCAGGAAGUACCGGCCACACUACUGCGGAGUGUGCACCGACAAACGCUGCUGCGUCCCAAAUCACUCCAAGGUGGUGAAGGUGGAGUUCAAGUGCACUGGAGGAGCCAGUGUGCUGUGGAACAUGCAGUGGAUCACUUCCUGUGUGUGUGAGAGGAAGUGCAACAACCCGGGAGACAUGUUCUCCCAGCUACACUUACUGUGACACACACACACACACACACAGAGUGUAGUUAACAUCACUCCUGCUGUAACACACUCGGCUGUUUGACUGUAAUAAACCAUGUUAAUAUGGCACUGUGUGUCUGUGAUUAGUUUCCCCACAGGAUGCAGCACUGCAGUGGUGACUGAUCUGACUCAGGAUCACUUUUCACUACCCUCAAUAGUAGUAGGAGU